GAUGCGACCAACCGUACCCAACAGCACUCCUCUACUACCUCGCCUUCCUCACCAGCCCACACCACGCUCCCCUGCCACAGACCGCGCGCACGCGCCUCGCCCCGCCCGCCUACCCAGGGCCGAUCGAGCGAGGAGAACCGCCGGCCGGCCGGUCAUGGAGACGUCGCGCGUGAAGCCCGGGUUCAACGGCGUGGCGGCCGGGGGCUUUGACGGCAGCAGCCGCCGGGCCGGCGGCUACAUGGGCGGCGUGGUGAGCGCCCCCGCGGCUGGCGGCAGGGGAGCGCCGGUGGACGCGUGCGGCGUGGCGCUGCGCGCGUUCGUGCUGGCGGCGACGCUGGUGGCCGCGGUGGUGAUGGGCGUGGACCGGCAGACGAGGACCAUCCAGAUCACGCUCGCCGACACGCUGCCGCCGCUGGAGGUGCCCGUCACCGCCAAGUGGUCCUACUCCUCCGCUUUCGUGUACUUCGUGGUGGCGAACGCGAUGGUGUGCGUCUUCUCGGCGUUGGCGCUGGCGACGUGCCGGCGGCGCGGCGCGGUGGUGCCGGUGAUGGUGGGGGACCUGCUGGCGCUGGCGCUGCUCUUCUCGGCGGUGGGGGCGGCCGCGGAGUUCGGCAUCCUCGGGGAGCGCGGCAACUCGCACGUGCGCUGGGCCAAGGUCUGCAACGUCUACGGCGCCUUCUGCGAGCGCGCCAUGGCCGCCGUCAUCGUCUCCCUGCUCGCCGCCUUCGCCAACCUUGUCAUGCUCAUGCUCACCAUUCUCACCAUCCACAAGAGCUCCUCCUACUAUUAGGAGAAAGGGAUCAUAUCAUAUAUAUGUUGACGUGGAGCUUGCUGAUGCAGCUGGUGAUCGACUCAAGAUAUACUAGCUGCCAAUUAUAUUGGAGGCGGUAAUUAGAUGGACACAGAUUAUAUCAGCUUGGAACUUUCGAGGCAAGUCAUCGAUCAGUAGUAGUAAUAACUAGAUAGCAAGAUGUAUGCGAAUCAUAACCGUUUUGUCACUGGCAAUGCUUCUGAAUUUGUAGAGUUGGAAGGAACAUCAUGCUAAGCUUGACUUCAUUCGAUCUCAGCCCAUUCCUGUCCUAGUUGGGCUGGGCCCGGCAUGCGUUCUACUAAGCCCUGUUUCAGAUGA